AUGGGUAUGACAAUAUUUGUAUUUGCCGUGGUCAUAUCUGUUAUUUGUUUGGAGGAGAUUGGUGGAGAUAUUCAAAACAUGUCUGCUAUAGAGAAAAUGUUCAUCAAACAUAUAUUUCAAAAGUAUGGAAACGAGUCAAUGCUAUCAUUUGAAGGAUUUGAACACCUUUACCAAAAUUUAGAAAUAGGUGAUAUUCAAAUAACACACCCCUUAAAUGAACAUUUUCAACAUGCAGACUUUGUAUCAUUGCAUUCUGAUCAUAAGCAUCAGCCGAAGAGGAAUAGAAUUUUGCGAAGAAAACAUAAACAUCGCAGGCAUCAGGAUAUAUUUUCUAAGUGCCUUUUUCCUGUUGACAUGAUGAAACUUUUCGGGUUCAGUACUCUCGAUGUCAUUACUGCUGACCAAUUUCAUCACAUGUGUCCUGUCAUUAUGGCCCAGGUGGAUGGUGUCGCCUGUCCCCUUGCGCAUGUGCAGCAUCAUAAGCUCUUGACAGAUUCCCAUGGAAUGGAGGGACUUAUCAAAAUUCCACCAGAAGCCUGGGGCUAUGGAUCCGCCUCUAUCAUUACUAUCAGUUUACUAGGCCUCCUGGCUGUCUCCUUCAUACCCUGCCUACAGAGAGUGUUUCUGAAUACCGUCCUCCAGUUCUUGGUCUCCCUGGCAGUAGGGGCUCUCUCAGGGGACGCCAUGCUUCAUCUGAUUCCACAUGCCUUCACUGGUGAGAAAGAAGACAGUGAUGAAGGACGUGGUGAGGUUUAUAAAGGGUUGUGUGGAUUAGCUGGCAUCUACUGUUUCUUCAUCAUUGGUCGCCUACAGGGCAUCUACAUGAACAGAAAGAUCAAGGAGCAAGAUAGAGACAGCAAAGAAAACUAUUUAGACAUUACAUUGAAUAUUAUUUCAAAGGAUGAAGAGACAUCAGAAAGCGUCGACCUAAAACCCGUGGACGACAAAGACACCACCGGACAAAAGCAGAUAAAAAUGGAUGAACACAGCCAUUUACAUGAACACAAACAUUCACAUGAACAGGAACAUUCACAUGAAUAUGAACAUUCUAAAGGUCAUGGUCAUUCGCAUGACCAGCCUGUUCCUCAGGAUAUGGGAGGGCUAGUGUGGCGGGUCAUUAUUGGAGAUGGUAUUCAUAACUUCAGUGAUGGAAUAGCGGUGGGUGUAGCAUUUGCUACCAGUAUCACAGGCGGGCUAAGCACAUCAGUCGCCAUUCUUUGUCACGAGCUACCUCAUGAAAUGGGUGAUUUUGCGGUUCUUCUGAAGAACGGAAUGACGAUUAAGAAGGCUGUCCUGUGUAACUGUCUGUCUUCGUUGUUGUCAUUUAUUGGUAUGGCUGUCGGACUCGCUGUAGGAAACAUCGGAGAUUCAAGUCCAUGGAUAUUUCUUGGGAUCGCUGGCAUGUUUCUGUACAUCUCACUGGUAGAUCUACUGCCAGAGAUGAGUUUACUAGACUCGGAGAACAAAGAUAAAAGACCGUUUCGACAGUUUUUCUUUCAGUUAGGAGGUGCUGGGAUAGGAAUUGGAAUUAUGUUUUUAAUUGCUUUGUAUGAACAUCAACUGAAUUCUUUGUUCAACGAAUGAUUUCAUGUCCACACCUACACCUAGUCGGGGCGUAUCUGCGGAGGUUGGAUAAUGAAAGCUUAUAUAUAAAGUGUGCAAUAAUAUAUGUCAGAUCUUAAUUUUAAAGUAAGGUGCAAACAAGUGGUUGGCAAGAGAUCAUCCAAAGUAGACAAAAUAGUGAAAAUAAAAGCAGUUUCUUAUCCUUGAUACCUUGAUGUACAACAAACAUGGAUUUAGGUGUGAAAAAAGACUUUUUGAUUGAUUUAUCAAAAGCAUUCACAACAUGUAUUUGUGAACAAACACAAUUUAUCACACAACAAUAUUAAAUCAUUUAUCAGUUUUGUAGAUACAAACUAGCCAUAACUAGAAUAUAGAAACGGUUAGUCCAUUUUCAGACUGUCAUUAUGGCUGGGACCAUUACAUGGUUAUUGACCGUCUAAUCUUAGUUGAUGACAAUAACAGACACUAAGUGCAUUAAUAGUCAU